UAUUAUUAUUAUUAUUUACUUUUCAACGCGUUUUCAAAAGCAUGAGUUCGUCCGCCAGAAACAGACAGAAGUUAAACGACAGGAGACAGAACCGCCCGCCCGCCGCGCCGGGGAGAGAGGACAGCGGGAGCCCUCGCCCGCCCCCCCGGCCGCGCCGCGGCGCCUGGGAGAGCCCGGACUGCGCCCAGCUGCCGGCCGACAAACUCGAUCUGCUGGAGAAGUUCUUCGCUCCGGUCGAGAACCAGAAUCAGAACCGGCGGAACAAUCAGCGGACUUACAGAUCGGACCGGGUCCACAGCGAGCUGGAUUUGAGAGGGGAUCCCCAACGCCGCGGCUGGAUUGGAGAGGGAGAGAAGGGGGGACCUUGUUACCCGCGGCGAGGCGACGCCCAAACUUCCUCAUCUACUUCAUCAUCAUCCUCAUCCUCCUCCUCUGCUUCAUGGUCUUCCGAAGAAAGCACCCAGAGCUUCCAGUUGCCUCCCAGUAACAAAAAACGCAAUGUGAUCGGCGCCCCCCGACUGUGCCAUCCUGCAAGGCAGUCCAGAUCCUGCGUCGACAUUCCCGGAGAGAUUAGAGCGGGAUUCGGGAGAGGAGGAGAGGAGGAGGAGGAGGAGGAGGGAGGGGAUGCAGGCUCAGGCCGGCAGAGUCGCGGACGGAGCGGGGAGCGCGAGGGGUUCCCCCGAAUCCGGAGAGGGCAGAGUAAGAGCGAGGAGAGGCUGCUGGGGUCGGAGUCGGAGCCCGGCCGGAGUUUGUUCAAGACGGUCAGCCUGGAGCGCAGCCUGGCUUUCAACGACCAGGUCCUGCCCGCCCCCUGGACCCCCAAGAAGCCCGGAUCGUCUGCACAGCUCCCCAGCAAGGGCAUCCUGAAGAACGGCGGGCACAAACCCGGGACCGAGGGCGUCUUCAGGAAGGCUAAGUCCAUGGAGGUGAUCUGGGACAGAGAGGGGAGUCGAGCACAGGGGGUUAGGAGUGCGGGGAAAACUAGGGGCGGGGAGCAGGAGGAGCAGGAGGAGGAGGCUGAGGAGGAAAGGGGGACCGUUCCGGUUUUCGUGCAGGAAAAGCUCAGGUUUUCCGCCUUUCUGAACGAGAUCACCAGGCAGGUUCUGAGUCCCUCCAGGCUCAGCUCUCUGGGGUUGAAACCGGAGACGCCUUCCAGGAACCAGCACAGCCGAUCCAGAGAGAAGAGGAGGGAGGACGAGGAGGAGGAGGGGGGUGAGCCCCUGGGAGGGGGGCCAGAGCAGGAGGAGGUGGAGGAGGAGGGAGGGGUCGAGGGGGAGUCCCAGGGAGCCCCAAGAAGGAGGAAGAAGAAGAAGAGAAGCAGCGGCUCGCUCAGUCCAGACCGCUGCUCCAGCCGGCGGUCUGCCAGACAGGGUCAAGGCAGCAGCGCCAGCCCGCAGGGUCCCGGAGCGGUCCGGCAGAACCAGCCCGGGCCGUCCCGGCACACCGACGCCAGCAGCAGCCCGGAGACCAGCCCGGGUCCGGCUAGUCACGGCCGCCGCGGGCCCACAGGCUCGUCCAGGUUAACCGACGCAAGCACCAGCCCCGAACUCGGCCCCCUCCUGCCCGGGCGCGGGGACUCUGGCAGCGCGGUGUCGGCUUCUCUGUCUCUGAGGCUUCAGCAGCGUUCCCAACAGCAUUCCCUGCAUCCCAGAGAUCAGCGGGUCCGCGACGAGGGAGAGGAUUCCCACCGCUCCCAAUCCCAGAGUCUCCCGCAGCACAGCGUCCCGACUGCCCAAGGGUCCCGUUCCGGAACCAGCGGGAGGAGGGAGAGGGAGGAGGAGGAGGUGGGGGUGAGGACCAGCGCACCGCCAUACAAGGAGCCGGGAGCCCAGGCGAGCCGAGCGCCUUACCUGGAGGACCAGAAUCCGGGCAAGACCGGACACGAGAGGGACCAGGUGGGGUCAGAGUUCAAGAGCAGUCCGCAUCACCUGGAGGCGGAGCUCCAGAGGACGAGGGAGGAGCUUCAGAGCCUGAGUGACAGGUACAGGAGGCUCCGGGAGGAUUACACGAGCUCUCAGCAAACCAACCAGGCUCUGGAAGAGAGGCUGCGCUCUGCUAUGCUCAGUGUGGAGCUGGAGAGGAAGAAUCAGAGCCAGAGGAUCUCGGAGCUGACUGAGCAGCUGAGCAGCGCCCAGAACACCAUCUGCACACUGGAGACCAUCAACAUCCCGUCUCUGCUCCAGGACGUUCUAGGAAAACACUUCCUGGAAUUGGAAGACCACGCCGACCAAUCCCUGCUCCCGCCCGCCCCCUUCAUGGACUCCGCCCACUCGGAGAUGGAGCUCCGCCCCGCGGGGCCGAGCAACCAAUCCCAGGGCAGGAUGGGGCCGGUUCCAGAGGAGGACGAAUCGGAUUGGUUGGAGAAAGGGGGGGAGGAGUUGGUACCCCAUUUCGAAUUCUGCACGCCCCACCAAAGCCUGCCAGUGCCCAGCCUUGACACCACGGCGCCACGCCACGGAAAACUGACACGCGACUCACCCGCGGGCGACCAGGGCUACCGGAACAAGCCCCACCCCCAAGCCCACCGGGGCUGUUCCGGCAGUCUUUCCUCCCCCCUCCGCCUCCUGUCCACCAGCCUGGAAGAAAUCCGCCCCACAACUCACCGGCCCACAGACUGCCACCUCCAGCCCACGGAAGGGCUGCAAGACCUGCACCAGCCGCUAGGGGAGAGCCCCGAGGACUCCGACGACUCGGAGAGUCCCCACGGCUGGAAAAAAAGCCGGAUUCGGGCGCCGACGAGGAAGAGGGCCUGCGAGUCGGCGCAGAGGACGCUAGACGGUUUCAUCAGGCAGCUGCAGCCCCCCCUGCUGGGGAAGCUGGAGCACUGCAGUCCGCGGCGGCGGGGAGGGGAGAGAGGGGAAGGGGCCGGGGCGUCUUGGGAUGACGGGACGGAUUCCCAGGUCUCGGAAAAGGAGGAGGAGCUGGAAGAGGAGGAAGGGCGACUACGCCACACCGCGCUCGGGGCUGCAUGGGGGCGCAGGGGAGGGGGGGUGCCGGGGAAUGCGGGUCCCAGAGGAACAAGGAGAUGAGGAGGGGACCGGGAACGGGGAUGGGGAUCAGGAUGGGCCAGCAUUCCGGUCGGGAUUCACUGAAGGAUUGGCACGAAUGGGAUUUUUUUCCGGUUUAACUAAAGUUUCUCUGACUGCGCGACGUCAAACACGAGAUCCAAAUUAUGCUAAUAUAGUUUUUUUUUCUUUUUAGAAUGAUGUCUCGAUCAUAAAAUUCUAGACAUUGCCAUGGCUGUACACUGUAGUGAUGUGAUACUCUCUUAAAAACUAUAUAUACAUAUAUAUAUAUAUAUAUAUAUAUAUAUAUAUAUAUAUAUAUACACACACACACACCCCCCCUUCAUUUACUAGGAUGUGUUAAAAAAUAAAAAAAAGAAUAUUAUGACUUAACUGUCCUUCCCUUUAAAUUGAUUUCUCUUUCUCUCUGUUUCUAAUGAUCUUCCUUAAGGGUGGUCUGACUGGUGUGUGUGUGUCAGUGUGUGCGUUUGUC